GGAUCCAUUUUCCGUGCCACGCAUCUGCACACACGCCAAAUCGUUGCUCUCAAGGUUCAGUAUGUUAAGCACGAAUGCCCAACGAACCGCUACGAGCGCCAUCUAUACCCUCUAUUGCAAGGCGGAAAAGGAAUGCCGAAGUUGUGGGCCUCUGGAGUUCAGGGCGAGUGGGAUUUUCUUGCCAUCGAUCUACUUGGAGCGAGCUUGGAUAGCCUGUACAGAAAAAGCGGCAAAGAUAUCAUGGAUUUACGGAGCGUGUGCUCCAUUGCAAUGCAAUUGAUUUCAAGAUUAGAAUUUAUGCAUGCCCGAGGUGUCCUUCAUCGCGACAUACAGUUGGGUAACUGUGUGGUUGGACUUCCUCCAAACGAGAGAACUAUCUACAUGAUCGAUUUCGGGUUUUCAAAGCGCUAUAUUGAUCCCUAUACAAACCGGCACAUCCCAGACAGUAACGCUAAAAGAGACUUUAUUGGAAACUACUGCUCAGUUAAUGUACACUCUGUAGUCCCGUCACGUCGAGAUGACCUUGAAGCAGCUGCCUUGAUGCUAAUCCACCUCUUGACGCCGCGGGGCCUCAGCUGGACCAGGAACGGCGUACCCAAAUCCUCCGAGGCUCACAACCGUCUGAAAGCGGAGAAGAGAGCUGCACAACCAGAGGACCUUUGCAGGGGGAUGCCCGUUGAAUUCGAGGAUUUCCUGAGAUACUGCAGGCGAUUGAAAUUUAAAGACCGUCCUGACUAUUCACAAUGGAUUGAAGCCUUCCGUGCAUUGGCGGUUGAAGAGGGUUUCCCCGCCAGCGAAGAUUUUGUCUGGCCUCCGCCCUCGGUAAGUAAUCAAUCGACGCCCCGUAAUGUCCUGCUUUUGAUAACGCCUUUCUCAGAUCAACGAAAGAGUGCACCCUCCUCGCCAUGCUCGGACGGCAGCUGUCAAAAAGGGCGACUUAGAAGACAUCCUCAACGAUCUGGCUAA